AAUGAAUGAAUGAAUGAAGUCCUAAGAUUUAUAUCAGAAUGACUCUUGAUAAUAAUUCUCACAAGCAAAUAAUCGUUGGUGUAUGUGCCAUGGAGAAGAAAUCAAAAUCCAAACCUAUGCAUGAAAUAUUACAGAGACUUGAUAAAUUUGAAUACAUUUCAACAUAUAUUAUCAGUCAAAAUGAUAUUUUAAACGAACCUGUUGAAAAUUGGCCCAUAGUAGAUUGCUUAAUUUCUUUUCAUUCUCAAGGAUUUAGAUUAGAAAAAGCUAUUGAAUACUCUAAACUGAGAAAUCCUUUAAUAAUUAAUGAUCUUCCAAUGCAAUAUAAAUUAAUGGAUAGAAGAGAAGUUUAUAGAAUAUUAGAAAAUGAAGGGCUGGAAAUGCCAAGAUAUGUUGUUCUAGAUAGAACUAAUCCUGAUUCAUCAUCGCAACAUUUGAUUGAAGGGGAAGAUCAUAUUGAAAUAAAUGGCAGGACCUUUAAUAAACCCUUUGUGGAAAAACCCUUAAAUGCAGAGGAUCAUAAUGUGUACAUAUAUUAUCCAGUAUCUGCUGGAGGAGGUAGCCAAAGGUUAUUUAGAAAAAUUGGCAGUAGAUCUAGUGUUUAUUCAAGUGUCAGUCUUGUCCGAAAAACAGGUUGUUACAUUUACGAAGAAUUCAUGCCCACGGAUGGAACAGACGUUAAAGUAUACACGGUAGGACCAGAUUACGCUCACGCCGAAGCAAGAAAAUCUCCUGCUUUAGAUGGGAAGGUGGAAAGAGAUUUGGAAGGCAAAGAGGUUAGGUAUCCGGUUAUACUUAAUGGAAGAGAGAAGUUGAUAGCUAGAAAAGUUUGCCUAGCUUUUAAGCAAUUGGUUUGUGGAUUCGACUUAUUACGGGCCAACGGUAAAUCUUUCGUUUGCGACGUGAAUGGCUUCAGUUUUGUUAAAAAUUCCCGAAAAUAUUACGAUGACUGUGCCAUGAUUCUAGGGAAUUUUAUCAUGAGAGAACUGGCGCCAACUUUGCAUAUUCCUUGGACUAUACCCUAUCAACUAGAUGACCCGCCCAUUGUACCUACCACAUAUGGGAAAAUGAUGGAGUUGAGAUGUGUUAUAGCCGUUAUAAGGCAUGCUGAUAGGACGCCAAAGCAAAAAAUGAAGAUGGAAGUCAAACACCAAAAAUUUUUUGAUCUGUUCGCUAAAUAUGAUGGGUAUAAAACUGGGGAACUUAAGCUCAAAAAGCCUAAGCAAUUGCAAGAAAUCUUGGACAUAACCCGCUACCUUUUAGAGGAAUUUAAAAAACAACAAUCAAAAGCUUUUAAUACUUCAACCAAUUAUAACAAUUUUAAUACUCAAAACAACCCUUUAAUUCCUGGUUUAGAUAAUCAAGGUGACGAUAAAAUUAAAGACAAUUACAAUACUAAUAUCAGUUUGCUUGACAAAAAUAAAGACAUAAAUAUUUUUACCGAAGAAACAAAUUCUAAUAUGAUAGAGGAAAACCCUUCUAAACUUGAGCAACUCAAACAAGUUUUAGAGAUGUACGGCCAUUUUUCAGGGAUCAAUAGGAAGGUUCAAUUGAAAUAUCAACCCUAUGGAAGCUCUAAACUCAGCACUAAAUGUCACAGCUCUGCAAGCACUACUACAUCUACUUCCACAUCAACAGAACCCCCUAAAAAUCGUUCUUCCAUCUCUCAAAUUCCCUUAAAACCUAUUCAAAGCAAUUUGCCUUUCCAUCUUAAUAAUUCAUCAUCCGAAAGUCCGCUUGUUGAUCAGAAUAGUAAAUCGCCAGCUCAAGAUAUUAAAUCAACCUCAUCAUCUUUAAAUCCAAGCCCUGACUUAAAUAUUUUAACUUCAAGUAGGAGUAACACGAGUAGCUCGAAUACAAAAGAUCCCUCCUUAUUCUUUAUACUCAAAUGGGGAGGAGAACUUACUCAAACUGGGAGGCAACAGGCUGAAGACUUGGGGAAAGCCUUUAGAUCUAUGUACCCAGGAGGGAGGGCAGGUAAUAACAGCAGUAAUGACCCAGGAUGUGGUCUGCUCAGACUCCAUAGCACCUAUCGACACGAUCUCAAGAUUUACGCUUCAGACGAAGGUAGGGUGCAAAUGACUGCCGCUGCAUUUGCUAAGGGGUUUUUAGCUUUAGAAGGCGAACUAACGCCCAUCCUAGUUCAAAUGGUUAAGAGCGCUGACAUAAAUGGUCUCCUGGAUCACAAUUAUGAAUCAUCAUCGACUGCUACAUUUUCUUCCAAACAGGCCAAAAGGCAAUCAUCUAAUUCUUCGUCAAAACCAAAAAAUUGGAGCCCAACUAUCAACGACCCCAUCAGUUCUAUUGAAACAGCAGACAAAUCUGAAGCUAACGUCAAUAAUAUAAACACGAAUUCUAGUUUCGAUUUGAGGCAUUUGCAACAAAAGUUUAUGAGGAGAGUCAAAAGUCAACUCAACGAGUUACUAAACACCGACUGUGAUAUAAAUCAAUCACCUGUUCUUUUGGAAGAAUUGAUUCCAACACAUUCUAAAUCUUUAGUAAAAGCAAUUAAGUUUAUCAAAAAUCCUUUUAGGAUGUGUAUUCACCUAGAUGAACUGAUCAAGGAUUUGAUAUGUAAUAUUAAGAACCAUAUGUUCGUUUACCCCAAAGACUUUUCCCACCCCCUUAGCGAUAAUACCAAUAGGAAAAGCCGCAAUUCCGAUAAUGCAUGCCCUUUAUAUCACGACGAAACAUGGGAUCUCAUGUUCAGGAGAUGGACCAAACUCGAAAAGGAUUUCAAGCUCAAUAAAAACGACACUUCUAAAGACACUAAAAAGGAUAAAAGCGCCAAGAAAAAUUUGGAGAAAUGCAAAAAUGAAGACACCAAGGAAAACCCUUUCGUUAAAAAUAAAGCUAAUAAUGGAAAGGCAUCUGCUCAAGAUAUAAAUUUCGAUAUCAGCAAAAUACCGGAUAUAUAUGAUUCAGCCAAAUAUGACAUGCAACACAAUGCCCAAGCUCUGAAUUUUAACAAGAUUGAAGAACUAUUUCUAUGUAGUAAGGCCAUGGCGGAUAUAGUUAUACCUCAGGAAUACGGAAUUACGGCUUACGAAAAACUAGUCAUAGCUCAAAGCAUAUGUACCCCUCUAAUGAACAAGAUGAGAACUGACCUUAAACGCAUACUCGAGCCUUCUACACUUGAUCAAGAAUGUGUAGGCGAGAGCAUAACUCUAUUGAAUGCAAAUUAUUCUCAUGGCGUAAUGUCCCCUGGCAGACACGUGAGGACAAGGCUUUAUUUCACCAGCGAGAGCCAUAUUCACUCCUUGCUUACCAUUUUAAGAUUAGGCCAAUUGUGUCCCCCGGAUGAUUUACAAUGGCAAAGAUCCUUGGAGUAUAUUUCAGCCAUAUCCGAAUUGAAUUACAUCACUCAAAUUGUGAUAAUGCUCUACGAAGAUCCUACUAAAAACGUUUGUAGCGAAGAUAGAUGGCAUGUAGAGCUACAUUUUAGCGUCGGAGCCAAAAAUGCUAUUCCUUGCGAUGCUGAUAAACCAUUUGCCUUGGGUUUUCGACCUCAUCACAAUAAUAAGAAAAAGAACUCGGUACCUAUCACAUCCCCAAACAACGAUAAUAACCCCUCUAUCACUGAACCGACCCCUUAUAAUCUAUCAUUCAGCCACGUUAUGUUACCUCACCACUUUAAUAACUUAAAUGAGUCAAAUGGAUCCAACAAUUCAAAAGAUGAUAUCAAACUCACCCCGCCACAUUCCAGUCACUUCAAGAGAAGUCUAUCCCUUCAAGUCAAUGAUGCGUGUCAGAAGUCGGAAGAUAAAAUAUACAGGAAUUUCGCUAUGGACACAUUCGAACUUAGUGACAAAAUUUUUCUGCCCUCCGACAAAUUUAUGAUCGAUCCCCACACUCAUAUCCACAAACAAGAUCAAAUUGAUCAAAACCCUGAAAAUGUGAAUGAUACCUUUAUUAAUUCGAACAAUAGUGACAGGUCGCCCACACCUCUUGAAAUAAGCGUUGAAACGGGCAAUGUAUCCGAUAAUUUAUGCAAACGUUCAACCACUUCUAGCAAUGGUCAAAUAGUUCAAGUCUCUCCUUCAACGCAAGCCGAUAAAAUUAUAAAUAAAGAUGAACCAGACUUUUUUCACUCUCUCAGUGUCAAUACCGUUCCUAUUUUAGAGAUCGUUGACAAAAUUGUUAAUUCAGCCAAAAAUAGUAUUUGUAAAGAAUUGAAUUCUUCCGCUUCCGAAAAUAUUGAACCUGAGGUUGAUAGAAGUAAUGAUAAGGUCAGGAAGCAAGUACCAAAUAUGAAAUUUUUGCCCAUCGAUGCCGGAUGCGAUCAUAGAUACAGUCUUAUUGAAAAUAAGUUGUCACCAUUUGCAUCAAAAUCUACCUAUACUAGUAAACCUAUCUCUAGACAUUCUACUGGUUUAAUCGGAACACCAUAUCAUAAAUCAAAUUCUGGUAGUUGUUUAAUUAGCACGGCCCUAAUAUCUGGUAAAUGUUUUACUAAUUGUAACACUCUAGAAAAUAAAACUGAAGCGAAUAAUACUAACGUGUGCUAUGAGGGUCCGCCAGCUGUACCUCACAUCAGACCUUUGGAAACUUUGCAUAACGCUUUAUCGUUGAAACGACUAGAUUCUUUCCUGUAUCGAAUGACCGAAAUGCCAUUCAAAAAUAUCAUAGAUGUUGAAACAACGCCUAAUCCAUCUAGCCAAACAUUAAACAUAUCAUCCAGCACUGCCAUAAAUUUGCCUUCUUAACACAAUGGAGCAAUACAAUAUAUAGAUAUUAUUAUGUUUUAUUCAAAUGUCUAUUUUAUAAACAAUAGCGAAAUAUAUUAUUUAAUAAUAUAUAUUAAUAAUCAUCAUGUUCAUUAAGGUAAUAGGAAAAAAAGCCCCGGAAAAAACCCCAUGGAAAAAACCCCCGGAAAAUAAACCCCAUGGAAAAAAACCCCCGGAAAAAAACUCCAUGGAAAAAAAUUCAAAAACAAGGAAAAUCGUUAUUUUUUUUUUCUUGUCAAUUUUUCUAAAAAUUUUUUCUCAAUUUAUAUUUUUCUUCCCAUUUUUGCUUUAAGUCAUUGUUAAUCUUUAUUUUUCUGAUCUUUUCUCAAUUUUUUUCUUCUUAAUUCUCACUUAAUUUUUUUAGUAUAACCUAGCAAUAAUUAAUAUUGAUAAAUAAUUUUAUAAGCGAAUGC